UAGUACAGCUACUGCUGCCCCCUCCUCCACAAGGUCAUCUCGCUCUAAUCAAGCAGCCGCAACCACCAAGGUCUCCCCGAAAGGAUUCUAUAAUCGCAGAGGAGACCAGUACCUAGGUGAUGGAGGCAUCAUCCGGCAGCCUAGGGAUCUCGAAUACUCUUCGGCAUUUGCAACGUACCCGGAAGUUGGCAAAGGGUUUGCCAACUCGUAUGGUACGGUCAUCGAUGCCUACGGCCGGAUUCUUGCGCGAUGCGGCUGA